UUGACCGCAAGGGAAAGUUCUGAUACACCGUUUUAGGUUUGUUUAACAGACCCAAACAUGACAGGCUUCGCAAAUUCAAACAAUAACAAAAAACUUACAUCGAGAAUUGACCUAAUUCACUUCAAAUUCCCUCCAAAGAGUGCAUACAGAGUACUUGGAAGGCAAUGAAAAUUAGCGUUUAUGGAAUGUUUGAGAAAAAACAGACGCAACAGAGUACAAAAUCGGUUGGAAGGAACAAUAGGAAUUUCGCAGAGAAUCCAUGUUUAAGAUUUGCCGAGUGCUGAAAAUGGAUAGCAAGAACCGUUUAUGUGGAUGGCAUCUACCACCUAUUGAAAUUACAAAGGAAAUGGACAAAUAUUCAAAAUCGAAAUGGUCACAGCACGAUAAAAUGGCCAAUAAAAUACCACAUAAGUCAAAGAAUGUGGAUGCAGCAGCUGAACAAUUCAAGCAUUUUUCAAAUCCUGCAAGAUAUAUUAAGGAAUAUCGAAAAACGCACGCGAUAGGUAAAGGAACUAUGGAAUACGUUGAUGACAAAACGAAGUCUGAGACAAACGAGAGUGCAAACAAACAUGAUCCAAAUAUUUCUAAAUAUGUUGACAUUAGACUACCCGAGAAGAAAAUUUGUCUGACUGGACUGCCGAGAUUGCGUCCACCUCAGAAACAUGCAAAUUAUUUCAUGCAUCCCAUGUAUGGAACGAACGAGCAUGCGUACUUGUCAAACGUACCUCGCUUACCACCAUUGGCGUUGCGAGGUGCCGCAAAAAAGGUCGAAAGACGCGAUGCCAACGUAAACAAGGAACCGCUGCGAAAAAAGAAAAGAAAUCGACUGCCAUAUUUCAAACCACCUAAAGUUGAGCUUUGAAACACAUUUAUAUAUUCGCUGGGUUUUUUAUUUUCCUCUCACAUCAUGGGAAUGAAAAAUGAUCUACGUCAAAGUAGAUGGUGUCGUUUUGGAGCGUGUGGAAACCAGUGCAAACACGAAGACUUCUCGCUUUGCUACUUUUCUACUUGCGCAUCUUUAUUUAUAUUCUUCAUAAAGUAAAUGGUUUGAACCUGGGGUUUGAAAUUGGUAAAAGAGAAAUUCGAAUGUUACUCAAACGAUUUAAAAACCUUUCAACUUACAAGAUUAGUGCUCUUUCCAACUUUUUAGAUUAAAUGGCCUCGUAUGGAAGACCGCAUGCCGUUUACGGACGAGAUUAUAAAAUAUAUUUACUCAUUAAAAAUUAGGAUUAUAGAAUUAUCAUCACCUUGUUAAAUACGGCAUCUCUUCUUCGUUUUUCCACCUCUAUUUGUUGCGCGUUUCAACCUAAAUACACAAACAUUCACAGUACAAAGCAAA